AUGGUCCUGGAAGGCCUGGGCGUCCGGGACGAGCACGCCCUGGACUCGCACCGCGACCAGCUCUGCUACAGCUUCCGGAUGUCGUACUACGGCAUCUGCCCGGAGGAGAACGCGGCCAAGGUGACCCUGCCGGAGCACCGUGACUACGACAUGACCACCACCAUCGUGCAACACGAGGUGGAGGGCCUGGAGGUGCAGCUCAAGGACGGCAGCUGGUUCGCCGUGCCCCCCGAGCCGGACACGGUCGUCAUCGUCGCCGGCGAGCUACUCAACGUAAAGCCAUAUACCUCUCUGUGGUGA